CAUUUCGGUACUUUGACGCGCGAUUCGCAGAAAGAGAAAAACGGUGGUGGGUGGUGUUGUGGAGAUCAGGGUGGCAAGCGAGCAAGACGAGCGAGCGAAGAAGAGCGAGCAACGGGAUACCAAGACAACAACAACAAGGAGGAACAACAGGGAAGCAGGCCCCCGCGAUCCACAUUCACGCAGAUCGAGGUGUUCAGCCACCACGACAACACCACACACACGGGGAUGGAGGAGGUGAUUGAGAUCGAUAGCUCGCGUGACAGCGAUAUCUCGCCAUCGCAACAGCAACAGCAGGAGCAGGAGCAGCAAGAACAUGAUGGGCAACCAGCACAGCGGCAGCAGCAGCAGCAGCGGUCGCGGCCGCCGCCCGUGGCAAUGAUGGAGUACGGGACGCCGUCCACGCUGUUUGAGGAGGCCAGCUCCCGCCUGUUUACCCCAAACCUAGACCGCGAAGAGAUGUUUGAGAUUACCCAAGACUCGGUCCUUCAGCCCGCAUAUGGCCAAGUCGGCCCAGAGAACUUCAGGCUCCUCAAGGUCCUCGGCACCGGCAGCUUUGGCAAGGUGAUUCUGGUGCAGAAGGAAAAGGGCCCAGAUGAUGGCAAGCGGUAUGCCAUGAAGGUGUUGAAGAAGGCCAUGAUCGUGCGAGAGAAGAAGACGGAACAGCACGUGGAGAGCGAGCGUCACAUUCUCGAAGCCAUCCGACAGAUCCCGUUUGUGGUUCAUCUCCACUACGCGUUCCAGAACCGCUCCAAGCUGCAUCUGGUGUUGGAUUUCGUGCGUGGUGGCGAACUGUUCACGCAUCUGACGCGUCGCGGGCGCUUCCAAGAGCACGAGGCCCGCUUCUAUAUUGGCGAGAUUCUUCUUGCGCUGCAGAGUCUCCAUAAUUUGGGCGUGUUGUACCGCGACCUCAAGCUGGAGAAUGUUCUCAUCGACGACAACGGACAUGUCGUCCUCACAGACUUUGGGCUGUGCAAGGAGCACAUUGCAGACCACACGGCGCGCACGUACAGCUACGUCGGGACGGUCGAGUACAUGCCCCCUGAGAUUGUGUCGUCAGACGGGCACGGGCACGGGCGCGCUGUGGACUGGUGGAGCCUGGGGUGCAUGCUGUACGAGCUUGCUGCCGGGUACACGCCGUUUUACGACCCAAAGGCAGACGACAACAGCAGCGAUACGAUCAGCUGGCGCAUCUUGAACAAGGAGCCGCCCAUGCCCCGACACUUCUCGCGCGACCUGAAGGACGUCGUCAGGAAGCUGCUGAAGAAGAACCCGGACCGCCGCCUUGGCUCCGGACAGACGGACGCGGAGGAAAUCAAGAAGCACCGGUUCUUUGCGGGGAUGGACUGGGAUCUCCUGCGCAGCAAGAAGAUUGCGCCGCCGUUUGUGCCGACAAUCGAGAGCGACGAUGAUUUGCAGAACUUUGAUGCGGAUUUCCUCGGGAUGGACGUGGAAUCGCGUGAUGUCGACGACAGCAGCAGUCACCCGCUGUUCCGCAACUUCUCGUAUGUGGCGCCGGAGGUGAUGUUCAACACGCCGCUGUUCCCGCGCGCCAUCAACCUCGACACCAACGCGCGCCAGGGCAUCGACGACGACAACAGCGCCGCCGUCAGUCCGGCAUCCUCCUCGCACGAGAAGGCGCGACCGCUCACGUUUGCAGGGCAGUUCCCUUCCUCCGCCCGCGCCAGCACCGCUGGCGUGGAGUCGCCGCAUCCCGCGACGCGCGCACCGCCAACCGCAGCGUCACCAUCCGCAUCAGCCCGACACUCGCCAUCCCACCACCGCCACCACCAGCCCGCACCCGUGCAUGCACAGCAGCAGCAGCAAGGGCAGCAAGGGCAGCAGGGUGAGGGCAAUGGAUAUGCAAACACAUUAAUAUCGGCGUCAUCACCAUCGUCGUCAGCAGCACGUGCGAUGGGUCGUGGUGGCAGCGGGGCGCGGAGACGAGCAGGGAACGGCAGCGCCAGCGCCACUGCUGCUGCUGCUGCACAUCGCGACAACGGCGAGCUGCCAGCCAAGAAGGCGUGCUACGAUGCAGGAGGAGAGGCGCAACAGCAACACGAGGGCACCCAACAACAACAACAACAGCAGCAGCAGCAGCAGCAGCAGCAGCAGCAGUCAUCUUCGUCGCUGUUGAAGUCUGGGGAGGAUUUAGUGGCCAAGUAUUCACUUGGGAAGGAGCUUGGGCACGGCGCUUUUAGCACAUGUCAGGUGUGCACAUGUAAGCGAACGGGACAGCAGUUUGCCGUCAAGAUCAUCACGCGUGGUGUGCGCGGGGUGAGUGCUGAGCACGAGCUGGCGAUGCUUCACGCUGCGCAACCGCACCCGAACAUCAUCCGCGUGUACGACGGAUACCAAGGCACUCUCCAUCGCUACAUUGUCAUGGAGCUCGCACAAGGAGGCGAGCUGCUGAAGUUUAUCCGGACGCGGUAUUCGCGCAAGAACCCGUUUACGGAGGCGGAGGCGCGGCAGCUGUUCCGGCAGGUCCUCGCAGCCAUCGCCCACCUCCACAGGAAGGGCAUUGUGCACAGGGACAUCAAGCCGGAGAACUUUGUGCUCAUGUCAAAGACAGGCCCGCCCGUGCUGAAACUCGUGGAUUUCGGUUACGCAACGACCAUCACCCGAACAGCAGCGCAGCCGCAGGCGGAAGAGAAGGCGCAAAAGACCGGGCCUGGCGGCAGUGGAGCGCGGCACCGAACGCCAGCCGUUGAUAUUUGGGCAGCUGGCCUCAUUCUUUUCCGCAUUUUGGCGGGCAAGGUUCCUUUCAGGGGCAUCCGAGCAGCCACCGGGUUUGCGUAUGAGCAUCUGCAUAAGAUUGUAUCACGCGGCGUCAAGUUCCCGGCGACGGACUGGAGUUCCGUUUCUCCGCAGGCGAAGGACCUCGUGCGUCUCCUCCUGCAGCCGGACGAGGCCGCCCUCCCAUCCGCGGAGGAAGCCAUGUCACACGAGUGGCUGAUGCCGUCACAACAGCCGAGUCUCGACCACCCGCCGCUCCCGUCGCCAACCGUCCUCAGGCAGAUCUAUGGUGUUCCAAGAAAACUCUCGCGAGAACGUGUCGUGGACGAUGCCCUGGAACUUCACCUGCCGGACCCGAGUGUUGCCGCGUCAUCAUCCUCAAUAUUGCAACACCAGAGCGCAUAAUGGACCCUCAAUACCAAACAACAAACAGGCGUGCCUGCAAGCAAGCAAACGGGCCGUUGUAUCCUAUUCUCGAAUGACAGACUUGUUUCGUUUCUACCUUCUUUGAAACGCGCCUUGCUUGCUUGCGUUCUGUUUGCGUUCUGCUUUCUUCGUGUGUGUAUGGUUGAUUCGCGCUUUUGCCAGGAUAAACGUCAUGUUUUGGGUUGUUGUGAAACAGUAAUAUGCCCG